UGCAAGUUCACUGCAGAGAAGGUACGAGGUACCUACCUAUAUGCGGCCAAGUGCUUAGGAGAGAAAUGUGCAGGUGCUCGCAAAUGCACCUGCUCUGUAUCAAGAAGCUGAAGAACCUUGGAAGGCUGCAGCUGCAGAAUACCAAGGUACAUGUAUGCUUGUACGUACCAAACAUACCCGUAUGCAUCUCUCCAGAUUUUCUCCUCUUCCAGUCUUCAUCAUCUGCACACCAAUGCAACCACGACUCCAAACUGGGCGACCGACCUGACCUCAUAUCCGCAUCUCUAUUCGCCAGCCUAGCCUAUGGCGGCGAUGCUCUCUCUCUCUCUCUCUUCCCCUGCUGGGGGUGCGCGCGUAUCGCUGCGCUAUUCGCAGUACAUGAACCCCCAGCAACAGGUUCUUUGAGCCCGGCCCAAAGAAGGCAUAUUUGAUCGCCGCUUGGCGUUAUGGAUGGAGUUCUGGAUACGAAGUAGCGCACUGUACUCCGUACUGAUUGUUUGUUGGUGCUGAUCUGCCCGAUACGGGUA